AUGAGAACGCUCAUAUGCACUUUUGGAGGAUGCCAAGCAAAAGCUAUAGCUAAAUGCUCUUGUAAAAAUCCAGAAUUGCUGCUCUGUGCUGGACACCUAGGAGUUCAUGUAAUCUCACCAGGUAAGCAUAGCUUUGAAAAUUUGCCUGAUGAUCCUUAUCUCCAAACAAAAAAUGAUGUUUUGCUUUACAUGCAAAAUGAAAUCCAAAAGUUGGAGGAUUUAAAAAGAAAUUUAUCAUUGGAGGCAUAUUCUGCAAUUAUAAAAUUGAAAAGUAACUUACUGCUUUUUUCUUAUAAAAUUUUAUCUUUUAAAAGUUUUUAUCUAUUAUUAUUAUAUCAUUCAAUUAUUUAUUACAAUAUCGUAAAAAAGGUUAGAAAAUUAUAAUGAUAAGAUAGAUCUAGAGAUUAGAAGAAUUGUAGAGAAUAUGAGCGAAAUAAUGAAUACAUUAGAAAGCAGCAAUAAAAAUCCAAGCUUAGACUAUUUAAAGCUGUCUUCAUCUGAAGCUAUUGAUUAUAUCCAAAAAAACAAUCAAAUCUCAAUUUUACAUACUCCAUAUGAAACAAUAAUUCCAGAAAUCUAUAAAAAUCUUGGCUGGGAAAAAAUCUCAGAAAUACAAGAAAUUUCCAAAAAAAAUAAAGACCUCGAAAUUGAGUUGCUUGAAGUGAAAACAAGUAUGAAUCAAUUAUUCCAAAAAAAUAUAAAAGAAACUGAAGAAUUGAAGCAGUCAUAUGAAGCACUUAAAGCAAGAGAAAUUGAGCUUAUAAGAACAAUAGAAAUAACUGAACAAAAAUAUAUAAAAGAAAAUGAAGAAUUGAAGCAGUCAUAUGAAGCACUUAAAACAAGAGAAAUUGAGCUAAUAAAAAAAAUAGAGAUAACUGAACAAAAAAAUAUGAAAGAAAAUGAAGAAUUGAAACAGUCAUAUGAAGCACUUAAAGCAAAAGAGAUUGAGCUAAUAAAAAACAUAGAGGUGACUGAGCAGAGCAACAAAUAUUUAAAAGAUGCUUAUAAUGAAAUAUAUAAAAAAUGCCAAGACCUUGAAUCAAGAAAUAGUAAGCCUGAUGAUGCUCAACUUCAGAGAGCGGCUACAAUGCCUGCUCCGGCUCAAAAGGCUUCUUCAAGCUCCUUCUUUGGAAAAACAAUUUCAAAUAGCGUUCGUAGAAGGCAGUAA